AUGCCUUCUCAGUCCCGUCCGUCGUCUUCGGCUUCUUCCCAGGCUCAGGCCCAGGUCGUCAACCCCCUGCCUCAUCCUCCUGUCACUGCUUCUCCUUGUGACCAGGCCGAGGUUUCCACAGUAGCAACACUUGUGCUCCAAGAUGGCACUUCCUACCAGGGUAUCUCCUUCGGUGCAGAGACCAAGAGCAUUGCCGGAGAGUGCGUCUUCCAGACAGGCAUGGUCGGAUACCCCGAGUCCUUGACCGAUCCUUCGUACAGAGGCCAGAUCUUGGUGAUCACCUUCCCCCUGGUCGGUAACUAUGGUGUGCCCUCGCGCGAGACCAUGGAUCCCCUCCUCAAGGACCUGCCCAAGUACUUUGAGUCGAACGAGAUCCACAUUGCUGGUCUGAUCGUUGGCCAGUACUCGCAGGACUAUUCCCACUACCUGGCCGCGUCCUCGCUCGGAGCCUGGCUCAAGGAGUACAACAUCCCUGCCAUCUACGGCAUCGAUACCAGGGCCAUGACCAAGAAGAUCCGGUCCCAGGGAGUGAUGCUUGGAAAGAUCCUGUUCCCUACCUCUGUCGUCGGACCCACAGUUGUCCCUGCUGAAGCCCAGUGGAUGAACGAGUACCAGAAUGUGGAUUGGAUCGAUCCCAAUGCACGCAAUCUCGUUGUUGAAGUUUCCCUGAAGGAACCCAAGAUCUACGCACCCGAGCCCUCUACAGCGCUGUUGGGACCCGAUGGAAAGGCGCUGCGCAUUGUCGCUGUCGAUGUGGGAAUGAAAUACAACCAGAUCCGCUGCUUUGUUACUCGCGGUGUCGAGGUCAAGGUCGUUCCCUGGGACUACGACUUCAAUGGCGAUACGGACUAUGACGGUCUCUUCAUUUCCAACGGCCCUGGUGAUCCCAUCAUGAACACGGUCACCAUUGCCAACCUGGCCAAGGCUAUUCAGAUCGCACGGACCCCCAUCUUUGGUAUCUGCUUGGGCCACCAGCUCUUGGCUCUUGCGUCGGGGGCCACGACCAAGAAGAUGAAGUUUGGUAACCGUGGACACAACAUUCCCUGCACAGACAUGAUCUCUGGACGCUGCUAUAUCUCAUCGCAGAACCACGGAUAUGCUGUUGAUGCCAACUCGCUUCCAGAGACGUUCAUGGAGCUAUUUGUGAACGCCAACGACGGAUCCAACGAGGGUAUUAUGCACAAGACUCUGCCGAUUUUCUCGGUCCAGUUCCACCCCGAGUCGACGCCCGGCCCCCGCGACACGGAGUUCUUGUUCGACGUCUUUAUCAGCUCUGUGAGCGAGUUUAGAAAGACGGGCACAUUGAAGGCCAUCACGAUGCCCGGAGGCACCAAGGAGGCGGCGGCGGCGCUCAACCCUCGGGUCAGCGUGCGCAAGGUCCUUGUUCUGGGCUCUGGUGGUCUGUCUAUCGGCCAGGCUGGUGAAUUCGACUACUCUGGGUCCCAGGCGAUCAAGGCGUUGAAGGAGGAGGGGAUCUACACGGUCUUGAUCAACCCCAACAUUGCCACGAUCCAGACAUCCAAGGGCCUUGCCGACAAGGUGUACUUCUUGCCUGUUACGCCUGAGUUUGUGCGCAAGGUGAUUCUUCGGGAGAAGCCCGAUGGCAUCUAUGUGACCUUUGGUGGUCAGACAGCCCUCAGCGUGGGUAUCAAGAUGAAGGACGAGUUUGCAGGACUCGGUGUGCGUGUGCUCGGAACACCUAUUGAGACGAUCAUUGCCACAGAGGAUCGUGAAGAGUUUGCUCAGCGCAUGCUGUCGAUCGGCGAGAAGAUUGCUCAGGCACAGACGGCUGUCACUGUGCAGGAGGCGGUCGCAGCAGCGAACCAGAUCGGGUAUCCCGUCAUUUGCCGUGCAGCCUACGCUCUUGGAGGUCUUGGAUCCGGAUUUGCCAACAACGACGAGGAGCUGGUGGAGCUUACGUCGCGCGCGUUUGCCACGUCGCCCCAGGUGUUGAUUGAGCGGUCGAUGAAGGGCUGGAAGGAGAUUGAGUACGAGGUUGUGCGCGAUUGCCGCGACAACUGCAUCACUGUGUGCAACAUGGAGAACUUUGACCCCCUCGGUAUCCAUACUGGCGACUCGAUCGUUGUUGCACCCUCGCAGACGCUGUCGGACGAGGACUACAACAUGCUCCGGACGACAGCUGUGAAUGUCAUUCGGCACCUGGGAGUGGUGGGAGAGUGCAACAUCCAGUAUGCGCUCAACCCGUUCUCGAAGGAGUACUGCAUUAUCGAGGUCAACGCCCGCCUGUCGCGUUCGUCCGCUCUUGCGAGUAAGGCGACGGGUUAUCCCCUGGCGUUUGUUGCGGCCAAGCUUGGUCUGAACAUUCCGUUGAACGAGAUCUCCAACUCUGUCACGAAGGUCACCUGCGCGUGCUUUGAGCCCUCGCUCGACUAUGUUGUUGUCAAGAUGCCACGCUGGGACCUGAACAAGUUUGACCGGGUGUCCAAGUCGCUGUCGUCGUCGAUGAAGUCUGUGGGAGAGGUGAUGGCUAUUGGUCGUACGUUUGAGGAGACGAUCCAGAAGGCGAUCCGAGCCAUUGACCCCUCUCUGGUUGGAUUUGCAGCCAAGGAGUCGUACGAUGUGAUUGAGGACGAGCUGACCAACCCCAGCGACCAGCGCGUGUUUGCGAUUGCCAACGCCCUGAACCACGGAUACUCUGUGGAUCGCAUCUGGGAGCUGACCAAUAUCGACAAGUGGUUCUUGAACAAGCUGCAGAACAUUGUCCGACUGGACAAGACUCUGACCAAAUAUAGCGCCACCGAUGUCCCGAUCAACCUGGUGCGCUCUGCCAAGCAGCUCGGCUUCUCGGAUCGGCAGAUUGCCACGGCGAUCUCGAGCAACGAGCUCUCUGUGCGCCGGAUGAGAAGCGACGCAGGCAUCACGCCGUUUGUGAAGCAGAUCGACACUGUGGCAGCCGAGUUCCCGGCCUUUACCAACUACCUGUACAUGACGUACAACGCAGUGGAGCACGACGUUACGUUUGAGGACAAGGGUGUGAUGGUUCUUGGGUCGGGAGUCUACCGCAUUGGUUCGUCUGUGGAGUUUGACUGGUGCGCAGUCCGAGCUAUCCGCACUCUCCGCAGCCGUGGUGUCAAGACUGUGAUGGUCAACUACAACCCGGAGACAGUCUCGACGGAUUACGACGAGGCAGAUCGUCUGUACUUUGAGAACAUCAACCUGGAGCGCAUCCUGGACAUUUACGAGGUUGAGUCGUCGUCUGGAGUGGUGAUUGCCAUGGGUGGACAGACGCCCAACAACAUUGCUCUGCCUCUGCACCGACAGGAUGUCAAGAUUCUGGGUACUUCGCCCGAGAUGAUCGACACUGCGGAGAACCGCUACAAGUUCUCACGCAUGCUGGACCAGAUCGAUGUUGACCAGCCCCUGUGGAAGGAGCUGACGUCAUUUGGGGAGGCAGGCGAGUUCUGUGAGAAGGUCGGCUACCCUGUGCUUGUCCGUCCGUCGUAUGUGCUCUCUGGAGCAGCCAUGAAUGUUGUGUACUCUCCCGACGAUCUUGCCAACUACCUCGGACAGGCGACUGCAGUCUCUCGCGACCACCCCGUUGUGAUUUCCAAGUACAUUGAGGACGCCAAGGAGAUCGAGAUGGAUGCUAUUGCGGUCAACGGAAAGAUGGUGAUGCACGUGAUCUCUGAGCACGUCGAGAACGCCGGUGUGCACUCUGGAGAUGCCACUCUGAUCCUCCCUCCUCAGGACUUGGAUCCGGAGACGAUCCGAAAGAUUGAGGUUGCGACAGCCAAGAUUGGGCAGGCGCUGGAUGUCACAGGAUGUUACAAUAUCCAGUUCAUUGCCAAGGACAACGAGAUCAAGGUGAUUGAGUGCAACCUGCGUGCGUCGCGGUCGAUGCCAUUUGUGUCCAAGGUUAUGGAGGUGGAUCUGAUCGAGAUGGCGACCAACGCCAUGCUGGGUUUCCCAGUGGAGGCCUACCCCGAGUCGCCGAUUCCCAAGAGUGGUUAUGUCGGAAUCAAGGUCCCACAGUUUUCGUUCUCGCGUCUUUCAGGAGCAGAUCCGAUUCUCGGUGUUGAGAUGGCGUCGACUGGAGAGGUUGCGUGCUUUGGCAAGGACAAGUACGAAGCGUAUAUCAAGGCGUUGGUGUCGACGGGCUUUACUCUCCCCAAGAAGAACGUGCUGUUGUCGAUUGGUUCGUUCAAGGAGAAGCUGGAGAUGCUCCCUGCGGUCAAGAAACUGCGUUCGCUCGGCUACAAUCUGUUUGCGACAUCUGGUACAGCGGAUUUCAUGAACGAGCACGGUGUGCCGAUCAAGUACCUGGAGGCACUUGAGGACGACAACGACAGCCAAAAGUCCGAGUACUCGCUGAACCAGCACUUGGCCAACAACUUGAUUGAUCUUUACAUCAACCUGCCGUCCAAGAACCGCUACCGCCGGCCAGCCAGCUAUGUGUCGAAGGGUUACCGCACCCGUCGUAUGGCCGUUGAUUUCUCGGUUCCACUGAUUACGAACGUCAAGUGUGCGAAGCUGUUUGUUGAGGCCCUUGCGCGCCACAAGGGGUUUGAGAUCGAGUCGGUGGACUUUAAGGCCAGCAACCGCACGGUGACGCUGCCUGGUCUUGUCAACAUCCAGACCAUUGUCCCAGGUAUUUCGACAGCAGCCAGCAAGGACUUUGAGGUGGUGUCCAAGGCAUCGAUUGCGUCCGGAUUCACGGUCAUUGGAGCCAUGGCGACGGGUUCGCCCAAGGGUGUGGAGGAUAACGCGAGCUUGGCGAUUGCGCUGACCAACACGCGCAACCACGCGCACUGCGACUACUUCCUGUCGAUGAACGCCAAUGCGGAGAACGCCAACAGUCUGCUGAAGGAGACUGCGGCCCUGUUCAUUCCAUUCUCUCCGAUUGCUGGCCGUGCGAUGGCCAACGUGUCUGAGGCGGCCAAGUACUUUAGCACAUGGCCGGGCAUCAGCCCUAUUGUGACGGAUGCCAAGGGCACAGAUCUUGCUUCGAUCCUUCUUUUGGCCAGCCUGCACAACCGGUCUGUCCAUAUCACUGGGGUGUCGAGCCGCGACGACAUGGCGCUGAUUGCGAUGAGCAAGGACAAGGAGCUGCAGGUGACGUGCGACAUUGAGGUGUAUUCUCUGUUCUUGAACAGCGAGGAGACUGGGUCGAAGCUGCUUCCUUCCAAGGCUGACCAGGCCGCGUUCUGGAGCAGCCUCCACGUCUUUGACUGUUUCACUGUUGGAACUUUGCCCUACCGCCUUGCCGCGGAGAAGGGCACCGCUGUUGCGUCUGCUGGUGUCCAGGAGACGCUUUCCCUGCUGGUGGAUGCUGCCAACAAGGGCCGUUUGACGAUGGAGGACAUUGUGGCGAAGCUGUACACGAACCCCCGCAAGAUCUUCUCUCUCCCUGAGCAGAAGGACUCGUAUGUGGAGAUUGAGACUGACCGUGCCUGCAUCCUUCCGGCGGGCUCGGGACCUUUUGCCGGCAAGGCGCUCUCAGGCACAGUCCAUCGCGUGGUCCUCCACGGCGAGACUGCCUACCUGGACGGUGCCUGGUACACGACCGGCUCUGAGGGCGAGGAUCUGUCAAUCAUGACUCAGACGAUCACCAAGGCGAUCAAGAAGAUCACGAUUCCGACGGCUGCUGCUGUCGCUGGCCAGGGUUCGAUGCACUCGCCCCGUCUCGGACCCUCUGUGGAGAUCCCAGUCCCCGGCACACCCACGACUCGCGCCAUUGAUGGUCGUCGAGGCAGCAUUCAGAUGGAGAGUGGGUCUGGUUUGACACCUGCUCAUGCCCACAAGGAGACACUGCCCUCGUCGAUCUCGCGGAUCCUGAACAACUCGCCUUUCUCGCAUCGUCACAUCUUGUCAUCGAAGCAGUUUGACCGCAACGAGCUCCACAUGUUGUUCAGUCUCGCACACGAGAUGCGCACGCAAGUUGAGCGCAACGGAUCGAUUGAUUUGCUCCACGGCAAGGUGAUGUGCUCGAUGUUCUACGAGCCCUCGACGCGCACGUCGUGUUCGUUCGCAGCAGCGAUGUCCCGGCUCGGUGGUACGGUCGUGAGCGCGGACGGAUCAUCGUCGUCGGUUGUCAAGGGCGAGACUUUGGCGGACACAGUCCGCACUCUUGCCUGCUACGGAGACCUGAUUGUCCUCCGUCACCCUGAUCCCGGCAGUGCCGCCACAGCAGCCAAGUUCUCGAAGGUGCCGGUCAUCAAUGCCGGGGACGGUAUUGGUGAGCACCCUACGCAGGCGUUCUUGGAUGUGUACACGAUCCGUGAGGAGCUCGGAACUGUGAACGGUCUGACCAUCACGCUGGUCGGAGAUCUCAAGAACGGCCGCACGGUGCACUCGCUUGUCAAGUUGCUGGCGUACUACCAUGUUACGCUGAACUUUGUGUCGCCCACAUCGCUCCGGAUGCCCGAGGAGGUGAAGGCCGAGUUGAUGAAGGCCGGCAUUGCGUUCAACGAGUACACGGAUCUGAACGAGGUGAUUGCAGAGUCCGAUGUGGUAUAUGUGACGCGUGUGCAGAAGGAGCGGUUUGCGGAUCUGGAGGAGUAUGAGCGGGUGAAGAGCGCGUAUGUGAUCAACAAUAAGAUGAUGAGCAAGGCCAAGACCCAGAUGGUGGUGAUGCACCCCCUGCCCCGUGUUACGGAGAUUGAGCCCGAGGUCGACUUUGACCAGCGCGCGGCGUACUUCCGUCAAAUGCGGUAUGGUCUCUAUGUCCGCAUGGCUCUCCUCGCUUUGGUAAGUUUUUUUUUGUCGCGCUCUUUUGAAUCCUUAAAGACAAGGUACAUGUACCGCAAGUGCAGUACUGUUGCUAAUUUUCGUUCGUGUCUUUCUCUUUUGCAACCACAGGUCCUUGGCAAGUCCUUGUAG